AUGUGCUAUCAUAGCCUCAAGGAUUUUCAAGCAUCUGCAAGUCCACUAGAGACUAUCAGAGUUGGGAAUAGCAACGUUCAGUACAACGAGGAACACAACUCGUUUCUCCUUUACAACCCAACGAACAAGAAGACUCUAGAGUUCAUGUGCGACACGAUGGAUGAUGUCAGCCUCUCCAAGCAAGUGCACGUCGAGUCUGACCCGAGGCUACCGGCUGACGAGGAGAAGAACACGAUUGUUCUCGAGGGAUUUCUCGACUUGUGGUCCAAAUAUGCGGCGAGAUGGGAGGAGAAGUACAUCGUUCUGACCAAGCGAGAGCUGCUGGUCUUCAGCGCCGAUGAAGAGACUUUCUCCGACGACAAGGCUGAGGCGCGGAUUCUGCUACGGCGAGCAACGGCAUCAGAUGCAUCAGAUGCAUCAGAUGCGCAAGAAGAAGAUCGGUAUGUCCUUCGAGUGUUCGAUGGCAAGAGGAGGAAGGAGUACCUGCUUGCCGCCUCCUCCGAGCAGAACAUGAUCGACUGGCUGGACGCGAUCUUGGAAUCCAUAGAGCCGCCAACCCCCGUGGUGUACAAGCCAGUGCCUCACGACGAAGAUACCAUGCAUCGAAGAAGUAAGUUCGCUCUCGAGACCAUCAGCUCGGAGAAUGCGAACGAGGCUGACGAGUAUAGUCACGACAAGAGGAAGCUGAAUGCGCUCGAGUCUGAGAGCGAGAGGCUCUCCCAACCAUCGAGAGGGUCAACCGCCAACAAGACAAGCGUGACAGUGAGGGAUCGUUUCAUGUACAUCAAGGAGGUCGCAGCCUUGAGGAGAAGCGCAGAGGAAGAGCUCUCCUGCAGACUUCAAGUGACUCCUCACGCCUCUUCCAUUCUCCUGAUGCUUCGCAGCUUGCAAAGGAAGUUCGACGACUGGAAAACGAGCUCAAAGAGCUUCAGCGGCAGCUCGACGUGCUUGUCUUGCUGUCUGCAGUCAAAUGAUGAGAAGAUGAUGACAGGAGUCGAGUGCGAGAAGGGGAGGGCAGCGAGAGAUGCUGAUGGAGCUCGCAAGAGCAGCGCAUCUGAUUGCUCGGCAGCUACGCGAGGCGACGAGACGCCAGAAAAGCGCAGCCACGUCGUCUCAGCCUUCGCACGAGAAGCUGCGAGGCUGAUGGAGGAGAACAGCAAGAACAAACUUCUUGCCGCUUCUCAGAUGAUGAGACGCGUCCAACUGGAAGUGACGCGCGAGAAGAUGGCAGAAGAUGUGAAGGACCUUUGCUUCCUUGCUCCUCCCUCACUUCCUCUCCCUAAGAUUUUCUCCUCUUCUCCUGCCUGGCUUGGACGUGCCAUCCAUACCCUCACUUGGAAGCUCGACGACACGGCCAAUAGCGAGCGAAAUUCAAGUCGUCUGGUGAAGGAGAUCGAGGAUGAGAGCAAAGAAGAAGAAGCAAGCCUGCGUCGAAAACUGGACAAAGUGAUCCAAUCCAACGCCAAAUUCCGCCAGAUGAUUCAAGACGCGGCCAAGGGCAAGGCAGAGAAGCUGAGGAGACUUGAAAGAGACGCGGAGAAGCUCGCGGAGCCGCAGCUCCCCCUCAUCCUCACGCGCGAUGCAAGAUUCCGCAGGGCCUGUCUGGAGAGCGUCGACCAUUGCGACAAGAUGCGACUGGAGGCUGUGGAGAGCGGGUACUGUGAAGCUCGAAGAGAGAUGGUGGAGAAAGAGCUUGAGAGGGACGGGGCCGGGAGGGUCAACGGCGAGCAGGCGUUUCCUGUCAUCGCUUCCAUUCUCCCUGGAUCCUCUGCGGCAGCAGCCGCCAGGAGCAGCCGCGUGCUGUCAGCUGGGUGUGAGCUCCUCAAGAUCGACGGGCAAGACUUGAAAGGGGUGAGGGCGGAGGAGGCGACGAUACUCUCCUACGGCGCCCCAGGCACUCACUCCGUCAUUCUUGUCCGCAAGGAGAUGGACGGCAAGCAGACCUCCGAUGAACUCGCUCUCGUCCGAACUGCGACAGCUCAGUCUGACCCGGCAUGGAAGUAUGCGGCGAGCAUGGAGCGGAAGGCCUCGUCCGCAUCUUCUCAACUGGAUGACGUGCAGAUCUCAAUCGCGAAGUUGGCAGGGCGAAGCUCAGCCCGAGAACAAGAGGUCAAGGCGUUGGAGAAAGAAAGAAUCCAAACGAUCUCAAAGAUUCGAAGGAUGCAGUCCGUCUGCAGGACUUUGCUGUUGCACGUCAAUGAUGCGCAGACAAGACAAGGAAGGAGACUCGGCCCUCAAGACACGCUCGGGGAGAGCAGGACGAGUGGGGGUGUCAAUGGCAGGGGCGCGAUGGAGGAGGAAGGAGAAGAAUCAGCUGAAGACGGUCAUGCAUACAUCUUGCUGGACCCAGAUACGCUGAGACCUGUCAGAGAGGGAAGAGACGAGAGGACGGGCCUCAAGAGCAUGCUCUCCGACCUCUUGGGGACUGCAGCUUUUGACUUUUGA